CCAUGCAAGUUCGUUCUGUAAAAUUCUCCACCUCUGCCGACAAAUUGGAUGAACUGUUGGAAUCGGACAGUCCACGGGAGUAAAUGGCUGCUAAUUUGUCUUCGAUCGUCCAAAAUAGCCUCGUCUGUGCUCUCAGAUGAACAGGUGUGUUGAUCGAGCGCCGUUCUGAGUUGUUACAGGACCAUUAGCACAGCAGUGUCGAGAAGUUGGAGUGCGAAUGAGAUGGAUUCAGGACAUGUCGCCAGGUCUGGGGGAAGAUAUGGAGGGAGGCAAUAGAACACUUGGCCCAGCCGCUGCCUGUGUUGUCAUCACGUGCGCUAAUGUUCUAAGUCUUGUCAGAAAUUAUUUCCUCCACUCGUGUUAAGGUGGCUUAUUGGCGAGGAAGGAUCGAUGUGGCAUCUCGACUGAUGCUCUCUGUGGUCCUGUGGCGCUGGGUUCUUAGCGUCCGUACCUUCACGGAGAUAGAAUUAGUAGAGAUUUGUUGGGUUUUGGAACAGUCGUCAUGUAUCCGCACACAGAAGUACGGACAAUAACACACCAUCUCUCGGAGUCCUCCUGACUGGAUGCACAAUGAUUCACAAUAUAGAAGCAUUGCCGGCGUUUGUCUUGGAACUUUGGCUUCGAGAAAGGACGUUUUGAUCUAUGGAUUGAUAUACGUAAUAUAGCAUUAUGUCUACAUGGGAAUGGCAAUGUUGGCCUUUGCCAUUCUGUGCGUAGACUUUAUGGUACGAGAGAGUUUGUACAGACCUGCAUCUGUUUAACGUACAAUCCGCGCACAGAACAAGAUUCGUCAUUUGUGUGUGCUGCAACAGUCUGUGGAUAUACGAGCCAUGACAUCUACCGCCACCGCUACUGAAGCCUCGUCAGCGUGGGAAGAUGUAGAGAACCCAGCCGCUCCUGCCCAGGCUUACAAACCGUGCUGUGAAUUCACCGAGUUUCACCGGAAGUGUCUUUGGGGUGUGCUUCUCGCCAUCUUGAUAGCUGUCACGUGGGUUGCGUUUUCGGAACUGGCCCAAAAUGCCAGUCAGCCGGGUUUCGACGCUCCCUUCGCCCUCUCCUACUUCUGUACGAUGUGGGUGACCAUGUUCUUCCCCGCGUACUUGCUACUGGUCAACGUACGGGGAAGGAAAUCACCAAAGGACAUUUUAAGGGACGGACUCCGGAUUUUCCAAGGACCUGACGAGUUCAAACGCGGUCCAUUUGUGGGAAAAACAGCAAUAUUCUGCUUGGUGUGGAGUGUCACGGUUUUCACCUAUAUAAAAGCUCUUGGAUUAUUGGCUGCAGCUGACGCAACAGCUCUUUAUGCGACCAAUCAGAGCUUUGUUUACAUGCUGUCUUGGAUAGUACUAUUCGAGAAAUUUGUAGCAAUGAGGAUUCUUGCUAUGAUAUUCUCCAUCACCGGCAUCGUGCUCUUCGCCUACGUCGAUGGCUUCGGCAGCCAGGCCAUGUGGGGGGUCGUUGUAGCGGUAGCUGCAUCAGCCGGCAUCGCCACUUACAAGGUCCUUCUGAAGAAACUAGUUGGGGCUGCGACCUUAGGACAAAUCUCUUUAUUUUUAACAUUAAUAGGAACAAUAAACACUGCCUGUCUGUGGCCGAUAGUCCUCGCCCUGUACUACACUGGGGUAGAGGUCAUCGACUGGAACCAGUUGCCAUGGCAAUUCAUCUGCCCAACUGCUGCUUUGACUGUAGUGUACCAAAUACUGAUCAACUAUGUCGCUGUGCUGACUUAUCCACUCUUUACCGGCCUGGGCCUGGCCGUGGCUAUUCCCCUCUGUGCAGUCGCUGACUCUGUGUGGAAGGGUCGGGAGUUCUCGGGGAUGAAGAUCGCUGCCCUCGUGCUAAUCUGCAUCGGUCUGCUGCUUAUCCUGCUUCCGGAGAACUGGCAUGAGGUCAUCCUCAAACCCUUCCGAGUGAAACAGCAGAGGAGGGACACGGAACAGCCAGUCGGGGAGACACUACGGAGUCGGCUACACAGGACCACAUGUAUGUGAUAGCCAGGGGAGGGACACACAACAGCUAAUUGAGGACAUGGGACAGACAGUCGGGGACAACAUCGUCCAUGGAGCGGACCAAACGGCGGUUGUUGUCGUUGUUAAUGUCGCUGCUGGAUAGGGGUUCGAGGCAGUAGGUAACUUCAAUGAACAGUGGGUCAUUACUAGAAGAGUGCGAGUUUAGUUCGAAGUGAAGUAUACGAAGAAGGGUAGUGGAAUGAGUUGUGACCAAGGUGAUGAUGGGAGGAUGAGGCCAAGUGCCGCUGAAACCCUCAUAGGCUACAGUCACAAAUGACCGGAUCUAGGGGCAUCACGAUGCCUGGUGCCUUUUUGCAGUCUGUAUUUAACAUUGUAGAUUCUGCCCUGUUUGGACCUCAGACAAUGAGGUAACCAGUUAGUGCUAGUUUCAACUACUUCUCAAAACUGGCAGACGAAGAAUUUGAUCGUCGACUGUAUGGCUGAAUCCGAGGUGUUGUGUAGCGAGGCCUAUUGUCCUAAGUUGAAGCCUAUUGUCCUAAGAUGAAGCCUAUUGUCCUAAGAUGAAGCCUAUUGUCCUAUGGCGAAGUAUACGGCCCUACGGUGAAGCAAGGAGUUUGAGCGGGAGGAAUUGUGAGCUUAUAUCUUGGAAGGGUCAUUCAUUGAAGAACAUCAGUAUUAUGCUUCUCCACGAGUUUGAUCAUACCAUCAGUUCGACGUAACUGAUGCACGCCGAUGGUUGUAGAAUGGACAUUCGUUUCAAAUAUGAUUACUGUCAUCCUUCUGCCAGCUUCUUGACAAUCAACUGCUUGCUAAUAUGGCUUCAACUCAGGAGUGGGAGGAGAAUAAAUUGACAGUUACAGAGUCAGUUCAAAGCCGAGAGUCGUCUCGUUGAUGGGAGAGACUGGUUGGCCGUGCAUCGUGCUACAAACAAGAUGCAUGAUGCUGCCACGAACUGACAUCUACAUGGUAUUGCUCGGUCCUGUUAUUAUUGUAUGACAAAGCGUCUAGACCCGUGGAGACAAACAGGAACAGAGAUUGUGGUCGUCACAGACAGCUAUGAUGUAAGGGUUGUUUUUGGUUACAUCAUAAGGACCAAGAGUCCCAGAGUAACCAUAGAAACAUUCUCAGGACUGCUGGGAGAUUGUAGUGUGCUUAGUGACUUUAGCUUUACAAUUGGACAAUUGUUCGUGAUUGGUUUUGCACGUACUCAAACGCUACCGUAAUUUCAAAUUACUGGGGUCUCAAAAUUAGAAGUUUGCAAUUCCUAACUGCAAAAGUUUCUCUUUGGAUGGGCGCGGUCGGGUAGCCUAGUUGUUAAAUCGUUCGCUCGUCACGCCGAAGACCCGGGUUCGAUUCCCGACAUGGGUACAAUGUGUGAAGCCCCCGCCGUGAUAUUGCUGGAAUAUUGCUAAAAUCGGCGUAAAACCAUACUCACUCACUCACUCACUUCUCUUUGGAUCAAAUCGAUUAUUGUCCACGACGUUCUUUCGACACUCUGUACAUAUCAUUGCUUCUGGUCGUGAGCUGCAUCUCCUCAUCACGACCUAGCUUUACUGUUCAAAUAUACAGGGAAAUGUGUCACAAAAGGAUGAUUGUAAGUUGUGUUACAAAAUGUAUUUUGAAUGAUUGUAUACUGAAUACAUUACGAUUUUACCUCAGAUGAAGACCUUUAGACCUCUCAAACGACAACGUUGAGGGCAGUUUAUUUUAGUUUGAUGGCAUAGUCAAUGCAAGGGAGGUAACUCUCUCAUUAUUGAAGCUUUCAUCACUGCGGAGCUUUUAAUAUUUCUAAACGUGUAUUGUUUUAAAAUUGUUUUGAACUAUUAAAGAAUCAUUUUCUAGACAAUGUCCAGUGUCAUGGUCAGUGACGUAUGUGGCCGUUUUGAGGGAAUAAUUUCACAAAUGGACGCCUUGUAAACGAUGUGAACAAUGCUAGUGUCAAUUUUUGAUGACAACAUCGGUGUAGGUUAAGAAAUAGGUCACUCAGACAUAAGACAUGGUAGAUAUCACUGAUAACAAGUGCCCUGUGUCAUCUGUGUAAUUAUGUUUAUUUCGUAUGCAUAAACUAACUCGCAAUCGCAUGUCCGAUCAUAAGAACUUGAAUAGCAAUCUUUGUAAAUAUCAACAAUUCGUGUCAUUAUUCCAUGUGCCAAACUUGACCUUGUUAUCAUGAGUGAGAACGUUGUGUGUACAUAUUACAUGUUGGAAGUUGUAGACUGUAAAUCAUGCCUGUGUUUGUGAGCGUUUGUUUAUGGAUAAACAUCAUUUAUG